AUGCCGUCACCACCCGUCGAGUGGCUACUAUCCGACUUUUACAAGGAGCGGGAUGACUCUAUGCUCCCUAUCUUCAAGAAGUCGAUAAGAGUUUUCUUCUUCGAAGACAACCUCACCCCCGAGGAGAUUUCGCGGAUUACAGAAUGGAACUGCUUGAACAAGCAGCUACUAGCAACUACUAAGAACAUCCGGGAUGUUGAGCAGACCAUACAAUUCUUGGAGAAGUGGUGUCUGCGGAUUGGGCCCUUAACAAGUCAAAUUUUGGAUGUAGCUGUGGGCGUAUGCGCUGUUCUAGGCAACGAUGUUCGUAUACAGGAUGUACAACGUGUAUUGCAUGAAAGAGAGGUAUAUGUACGCAAGACGUUCUUCGAACUCGCGCGCGCCAUGGAUGUACUCUUACGACAUGAGCUGAAGGGAAUAGAAAGUCCCAUUCGAGACACAACGCAGCCUAAUCCCUUUGAUGCCCCGUUGACCUUGAUACGAAUCUGGAAUGACGAUUCGCAUACCCUAUACACAGAGUCAGUCGGGUUUCGUUGUGGGAAUUGGAAGCAGUGUCAGCCAGUGAAUGACUUUAUCGAACUAGGGAAUAGCGAGAAGCUCUUAAACUUGAAAAGAAUUUCAGAUCACUGUGAAGGCGAAAGAAGCCCCUCGGACUGGAUAUCCUUUUCUGACAAUGCUUCAUGGAUACUAUCGAAGUUUUCAGAUAGUUUCCGAUCGAGACAGGGAAACUGUCGUGUCGCAGUCAUCAAUGUGGCCAGCCUGGACAGGUUGAGGAUUCCCUGGCAGCGGUCAGAUUCUUUGGUCAAACAAUUUGGAGGAACUCCUCGUUCUUCUGAAGAAGGUGGUGUUCAAUACGCCUGGCCUGGGCACUAUCUCGUAUAUGGAUGGGUGCCUUCACAAUGCAUCAUCAAGUCCUUCACAUUAGAGGAGUUCGAGACCCUUUGUAAGCACCGAAACAUCCCUAAAGGUAACUCUUUGAUCCAAUACUCUCUAUUAGAUGGCAAGUUGACAAAUACUCGGAAAGAUAGCACGAUCUGGCAAUUCUACCCUCCUCAUAAACUCCUCUAG